AUGGAGGAAGAGGAACCGCGACAUGCAAGUAUUCUCCCUAAUCAAAUCUCUGAGCACCGCUGGCGAGAUAUCCCGCGAAACGCCAAGCUCACUGAGGCCGAAACGCUCACGUUUUUUAGCGAGUUCAAGCGCGCCGGAGAGCUCACCGACGAAGACGUCAUCGAGCGCUGCAUCUUCCUUGUGCGGCAUGCGCCUCCCAGUAGCUAUCUGAGCUUGAAGAUCAAAGGCAAAUUCGUUCAACUCAUCAAGCGCCUCGAGAAGGUCGACGCACGAGAGCACUGCCUCAGUCGUGAUGACUGUCUUCAACCGAGUGGCGUUGUCUGGAAGACGGGCGAAGAGAUCGAGGCCGCUGGGCGAGACUGUUUCCCCGAAGACGUGAUGAUCUGCACCAUUGACAAGGAUCUGUUCAAGUUAUGGCCAUUGCUGUCGUUCAUGCAGGGCAUUGGUACGCUCCAUCAAGUCGACGGUCGCGCUAUCGACCUUGGGCGAAAGAUCAUGCAUUUGCUUGACGAGCUGGGCAAGAAGUAUCCGGCGCUCGCGAAGCUGCUCGAUCCACCGACAGUUAUCUUCAACCUACAGGCAAUGAACAUCAACCCGGCUGCAGUCGUCAUUCCCGCUGGACUCGCAUCUGGAAAUGUGCCCGCAUUCCCUGGCGCUAUCGGCAUCUGGACUUGUCCAUCAGAGUCAUGCGCUGGCGAACUCAUCGGCCAUCUGCGUGCUACGCUCGCUCCUAUCCUGCUGCCCGGCGGUGUCGCACAGUUUCAUUAUUUUAAUGCACCCAUGCAAAACUUAUGA